GGCUAUUCGGCGGACGCGGACGGGCCAUACGCGAGUACCUACCACAGUUGCCAACGUCCUUUCUCUUCGACUUCCGUCUCGUGCUUGCCAGAUCUCUUCGUUCUAUUGCACCUUUUAUUUUCAUAAUUAUCAUAAAUUGCGAUUGCGACAGUUAUAUCACACAAAGUUACAAUUGUUCGCAACUCAGUUUUAAAUAUACACAUUUUUAUAAAUUAUCGAUCUCGGGAGUAGGGCUCGCAUUGCAAUUCCUUGAAAAAAAAAAAUCGCUCCGACGAGUAACGGAAACGGGAGGAAACAAACGUGCAACGAUUUCUACGAAAGUCAUCGUGGAAUUCGUAACAAGAAAAUGCGUUUUUCAGCGAUGAGGAGAGCAAGACAAAUGGAAUGCUUCCAAAAAAUAAGGAGCAAAUCUAACGACAGUGACGUUAGAACAAAGAACAAGUCAUUGAGUAAAAAUAAAAAUAUAGUAUCAUCAAUUAGUGUGAUUUCUCAAUAACGCAAAGACAGUCGCAUUAGCGAGAGUUUCCACCCUCAUGGAAGGAAUUAUGAAGCUGGAAGAGUCUGAUGCAGAAAAAACAAAAGCCUACCUCAGCCGUCUGUACAAAAAACAUAUUGUUGACGAAACGAUAUUAAUGAAGUAAUAUGAAGAUAAUGAUUUAAACUGAAAUAGUAUAUAUGCAUUUGAGUAUACACUCAGCUAUAUACACAUACUCUAUGUACAUAUAUAAAUAGCAAUCAAGUGUAAAAAAUUGCACAUUGGGUUUGAGAGACUGAUAGAGAAAGACAGGGAGAGAAAAGAAACAAGGAGGCAAGAAAAUAUUGCCUUCGUAUACACGGAUCAAUUAACGGACUAAAAAAGAUUGACGCGCCAAGGAGCUCCUUAUGUGAGAUAUUUAUUUCAAAAACUGUGGAACAGUCUUCUCUCAGGAAUAAUUGAAAUAUUAAAGAGAAGAGUUGGGAGAAACAGCAAAGAAAAUGACUGUCCCGUACGACGAGAAUUUGGUAUGGCUCCUAGUUAUUGGAUUCAUCGUCGCCUUCAUAUUAGCCUUUGGCAUCGGAGCCAAUGACGUUGCUAAUUCGUUCGGCACCAGCGUCGGAGCUGGUGUUCUCACCAUUUUUCAAGCUUGCGUCUUGGCUACUUUCUUCGAAAUUGCUGGUGCUGUACUCAUCGGCAACAAAGUUUCAGAUACGAUGCGAAAAGGAAUUUUAGAUGUGAGUCUCUAUGAUGGACACGAGAAAGAAUUGAUGAUGGGAGCUCUUUCGAGUUUGGCUGGUUCGGGAAUAUGGCUGUUGCUUGCGACCGCGUUACGCUUACCGAUUUCCGGUACACACUCGAUAGUCGGUGCAACCGUAGGAUUUUCCCUCGUCUGCAGAGGCACAUCUGGGGUCAGGUGGAUGGCCUUGGCCAACAUAGCGGCGUCGUGGUUCGCUAGUCCCAUACUCAGUGGUGUUGUAUCCGUGUCAAUUUUUUGGAUUAUCAGAAAAGCCAUCCUCCAUGCGAAAAAACCAUUUGAAAGAGGUCUCCACAUAUUGCCAAUUGCUUACGGUCUCACUAUUGCGGUCAAUGUAUUGUCGGUCGUUCACGAUGGACCCAAGUUAUUGAUGCUGGAUCAAGUUCCAUGGUGGGGAAGUGGAACAGCUGCUUUCGGGAUCGGUACAAUUGCAGCUGUGAUAGUGUACUUUUACGUGGUACCUUGGCAACGAAAGAGGAUAUUGAUAGAGCAAAAGGAAGGUCUGGACGAGAACGCAGGAAAUUACGUAGACAACGAUAGAAGCAAAGAGGCAACGGCACUUUCGGUAAUAACGACAGCAGGAACGACAGAGACUGGAAAUGAAAAUGGAAAGUCAGUUGGAGUGGUAACGGUUGCUUUGAAGCCCCAUUUAAGCGUCGAGCAGGAGAGCACACAGCCAAAAUUGCGAGGCAACAGUAGCGCAAGCCCACUAUUAACCGCGGUCGGUGCAGAUUCAGAGGCUCAAAAUGUGGAGGAACCGAAAGAGGACGAGGAACGACCCGAAAUCUCGAGAUUAUUCUCAUUCCUGCAAAUUCUCACUGCUGCUUUUGGUAGUUUUGCACAUGGUGGCAACGAUGUCAGUAAUGCGAUUGGUCCAUUAAUCGCACUUUGGGUCAUUUAUGCCGAGGGCUCGGCACGUCAGGAAGCCGAUACACCGAUUCUCAUUCUACUCUAUGGUGGCCUUGGCAUUUCUAUCGGUCUCUGGGUAUGGGGACGAAGAGUCAUUCAAACACUUGGACAAGACCUCGCGAGGAUAACACCUACCACUGGAUUUACCAUUGAAGUUGGAGCUGCUGUAACGGUUUUACUGGCGAGCAAAGCUGGUUUACCUGUAUCAACGACCCACUGCAAAGUCGGAUCGGUAGUUUGCGUCGGUUGGGCAUCGCGCGGUGGGGAAGGUGUAUCCUGGACGCUUUUUCGUAACAUUGCGUUCGCCUGGUUAAUAACGGUUCCAAUAGCCGGCCUGCUAUCAGCCGGUUGUAUGGCGAUGAUGAGAGAAUUCAUCGGCGUAGACUAAGCCCACUCGCUAUUGAAAUGAAGAAAACUAUUGAGAGCCCAAGGGUUUGGUAACUCGCGUUGAACAUUCCAGUUGGGCAAGCCACACUUACAGUAUUCAGUUACGAGAUAAAUUGCAUAGCGGCUGAGAUAAAGAAAAAUAAAGAAUAAAUAAUGAUGAAAAAAACGCAGCCAUAUUCUCGAUAACGUAAUUUAUAAUUAUCAUUAAAAUGGAAAAUAAAUGGUUCGUGGCGAGAGCUGGCUCUCCCCUGCUUAAGAAAAAAUAACCAAAUAUAGAAAUGAUGGCGCUAA